GCGGAACCGGGGGGCGCUGAGCCCCGGGUCGCACAAGGUCCCCGUUACCGGCGCCGGUGCGCGGACGGGUGCGGGAUGAACUGCGAGCUCCUGGCUACCUGCAGCGCUCUGGGCUACCUGGAAGGGGCCGUUUACCACCGGGAGCCCGACUGCCUGGAAAGCGUUAAGGACCUGAUCCGGUACCUGCGCCACGAGGACGAGACCCGGGAUGUGCGGCAGCAGCUCGGGGCGGCGCAGAUCCUGCAGAACGAUCUCCUGCCCAUCCUGGUGCAGUACCCGCAGGACAAGGUCCUGUUCGAUGCCCUGGUCAGGCUGAUGGUGAACCUGACGCAGCCGGCGCUGCUCUGCUUCGGCAAAGUCCCUGCGGAUGCCGGCUCCCGGCACCACUUCCUGCAGGUCGGGACUUACCUCCAGGCCUAUAAAGAGGCGUUUGCCAGUGAGAAGGUGUUUGGGGUGCUCAGUGAGAAGCUCUAUGACCUCCUGCAGCUCGACUGGGAGCAGCGGCAGGAGGAGGACACGCUGCUCAUCGAGAGGAUCCUGCUCCUGGUGCGCAAUGUCCUGCACGUCCCCCUGGACCCCACCGAGGAGCAGCGCGUGGACGGCGACGCCACCGUGCACGACCGGGUGCUGUGGGCGCUGCACAUCAGCGGCAUGGACGAUCUGCUCAAGUUCCUGGCCAGCGCCCAGACGGAGCAGCAAUGGGCGCUGCACGUCCUGGAGAUCAUCUCCCUCAUGUUCCGUGACCAGAGCCCGGAGGACCUGGCGGUGCUGGGGCAGGGCCAGGCGGGUGCUGAGCACAGGGAGGACACGCGGGAGCUGCAGAGCCUGCGGCAGCGGGAGCUGGCGGAGAAGAGGAGCCGGGCGCUGCAGCGCCCGUACAGGCACUCCCGGUUCGGCGGCUCCUACGUCCUGCAGGGCCUGAAGGCGAUCGGGGACCGGGACGUGGUGUUCCAUAAGGGGCUGCACCACCUGAAGAGCUACAGCCACGACCUGGGCAAGGAGCCGCGGCGCGUGCCCCGGCGGCGCCAGGCAGCCCCCGAGGCCGAGGCUCCGCACCGCUCCGCGCGCAACGUCCGCCUCUUCCUGCGCCGCUUCUGCCAGGACUUCCUGGAGGGCUGCUACAACCGCCUCAUGCUGCUGGUGAAGGACCACUUGGUGCGGGAGAAGGCUCAGCAGCACGAUGAGACCUAUUACCUGUGGGCUUGCGCCUUCUUCAUGGCCUUCAACCGGCACCGCGGCUUCCGCCCGGAGCUGGUGUCCGAGACCGUGGGCGUCCGCGCCUUCCACUUCAUCGAGCAGAACCUCACCACCUACUACGAGAUGGCGCUGAUGGACAAGAAGGAGGCCGUGACCUGGGCACGCAGGAUGCACUUGGCUCUCAAGGCGUACCAGGAGCUGCUGCGCACGGUGCAGGAGAUGGACCGGUCCCCGGAGCCGGCGGUGCGGGACAGCAGCCAGGUCAUCAAGAGCAACAUCUUCUACCUGAUGGAAUACCGGGAGCUCUUCCUCACGCUCUUCCGCAAGUUUGACGAGACCAAGCAGCCGCGCAGCUUCCUGCGGGACCUGGUGGAGACGGCGCAUCUCUUCCUGCGCAUGCUGGAGCGCUUCUGCCGCGGCCGCGCCAGCCUCGUGGUGCAGAGCAAGCGUGUGCGGAGGAAGAAGCAGCCCCGCGCGCCCGCAGCCGCAGCCCCGCAGCCGCCCAGCGCCGAGGAGCUGCAGGAGCUGUGGGCAGGGCUGGCCCCACAGCUUCAGGCCUGUCUGCAGGGCGAGGUGCCCCUCCCCGAGGACGUGGUGCCCUUCGAUGCUGCGUCGGAGACGCCGGUGGAGGAGCAACGCGCCGAGGCCCUGCUGCGGAUCCAGGGGUGCCUGCGGGAUGCUCGGGUCCCCCAGGCCCUGCAGCUGCUCCGCUCUGCCCGGGAUGUGUGGCCCGAAGGGGAUGUGUUCGGACCCCCCAGUGCGGGCCCCCCCGAGGAGACCCAGCUGCUCCAGGACAUCCUCUUUGCUCCUCUGCCCCGUGAAGGGGGCUCUGGGGCUGAGGGGGGGUGAUUCCCCAUUGACCGCAUCGGCCCCACUCACCGGCGCUAUGGGGAUAGGUUCGCCUGUGCCCCCGUGGUGCGGGCGCUGGUGCUGCUGCUGCGGGGGUACCCCCGCAACAGCGCCCGCACCAACCACUGCGCCGCGCGCCUGCUGCACCGCCUGGCCCGCGACCUGCGCAUGGAGCCGCUGCUCUUCCAGCUCUCCCUCUUCGCCCUCUUCAACCGGCUCCUGCACGACCCCGCCGCCGGCGCGCACCAGGAGCUCGUGGCCUUGGCCAAGUUCAUCCUGGGCAAGUUCUUCGCGCUGGCGGCCACCAACAAGAAGGCGUUCGUGGAGCUGCUCUUCUGGAAGAGCCCUGCGGCCGCCCGCGAGAUGACCGAGGGCUACGGCUCCCUGCGGGAGGGAGAGGGGGCUGGCAGGAGCCGGGCCCCCCCCUGGACCCCGCAGGAGGAGCAGGAGCUGCGGGAGCUCUAUUGGAAGUACAGGGAGGUGGAAGGCUUGGACGUGGCCGGAGCCAUCCUGGCGCAGCUCCCGGCGCCCGGGCGCACCCGCAGGCACCUGGUGAAGCACUUGGUGCGCUUGGGGCUCAUCGGCAGCGCCCGCGACCUCCCGCGGCAGAGGAAGGGCACCCACAUCGUGCUGUGGACGCAGGAGCAGGAGGAGGAGCUGGCGCGGCUCUUUGAGGAGUUCCGGGGCUCGGAUGACGUGCUGGGCCGCAUCCUGCAGCACCUCACGGCGCGGCGCUCGCGGGCGCGGGUCGUGGACAAGCUGCUGGCGCUGGGGCUGGUGGCGACGCGCGCCGAGCUCUACAAGAGGCGCCGGAGGAAGGGCCAGGGCCCUGCACCGGGACCGGGAGCCCCGGCAGCGCUGGCCCAGGACAGCUCCGAGGAUGGGGACAGCGAGGAGGAGGAUGAAGAAGAUGAAGACCCCAUGGAGGGGGCUGAGGAAGGGGCUGGGCAGGGCCUGGCGCAGCGGCUGCAGCAGGAAGGCCUGGCCGGGCCCCUGCGCUGGCUCCAGAGCUGCCUGCGGAGGACGGCGGGGGACCGGGAGGAGGAUGGCACCUCCCACCCGGUGCCGCUGGUGCCGCUCUCGGAGGAGAACGAGGACGCGAUGGAGAACCGGCGCUUCCAGGCCCUGCUGCGGCGGCUGGGGCUGCGGCCCCCCGAGAGCGAGCAGGAAACCUUCUGGCGCAUCCCGGCUGCGCUCACCCCACGGCUGCUCCGCCGGGCGGCCGCCUCCAUCACCCACCACGGCCCCGACCCCUCGGGGUCCCCCCGGGAGCUGCCGGAGCCACCCCAGUGCCCGCAGGACCCUGACCCAGCAGCAUCACCGCAGCCGCCGGAUUCGGAGAGUGAGGAGCCUGACCCCAGCCCCGUGCAGCCCCACACCAAGAGGCAACGGGACCUCGACAGCGAGGACGAGGCCUCCGGCAGCUCCGCCCCAGCGCUGCCCCCCGAGGAUGAGGAGCUGCAGCCCCUGGGGAGGAGGAAGCGCAUCCGGUGCGUGGAAGAGGAGGAAGAGGAGGAAGACUGAGGCUCCCCAUGGGCUGUUUCACACAGGUUUUAAGGGUGCUGUGGAAGCACCUUUCCCCCCUUGUCCUGGUCUCUCCAUUUCCUUGUUUUAUCCC